AUGGUUUUGACUUCAUUAUGGAUCUUCUUUAGGUCAGUCAAUCUAGUCAGUUUGACACGUUUGGCUUUCUCCCUCCUAAUUUUCGCGAUCAUUGGUUUUUCUCUCUAGAGCAACCCGCAGGAAUACGAUGGGCGGUCAAUGUUGCAGGAUUUUCGAAACCAUUUCAUGACCUACGAACACAUCGAGAUCGAUGAAUGUCCUUUGAAGUAUCUACGGAGAGUCUACACAGACUUCUGCCACAUCGCGCUUAUUAAGCGAAAUAAUGAUACCACUUGUCUGGGUGUGCUGGUAAACGACUACUACAUCCUGUCUACGGCCGGUUGUGUACCGCCCGACUGGAAGUCAGUGCACGUGCAGCUUCAAUCGAACUUCGAUCUACCCAUUGCGGACCGGAUAGCUUACACCGACUACAAAGCUCUCAACGUCAAUAGCGAAAAUGCGCCCGUCGUGCUGCGGAUCAACGGAACUACCAAUUUCAGACUACCGUACGAGAACACGGCAGCUUGUCUCUGGCCCACGGAUAGCAUCGUUUCGUACUCCAAGGUGCAGGACGUAGCCUACGACCCCGCGCUGGGCAAGGUCAUCCAAAACACGACCGUGUGUUCGGCGGCGACUCAGGCAGCUUGCCUUAACAAAACUUUCGCGCAAUGGUGCGAACGGAAACCGACGGGCAGCUUGCUCCAGAUACGCGAUUUGGACAAGUACUCCAUGCACCCGAUGGUGGCGGGUUUGUUUUGUGACGAGCAGCAGCAGUUCGUACCGGUGUCGAAGUACGCCGACUGGAUUCGGGAGAUCAUUUCCCGGGAUCGCAUUUUGUUCACCAUCCCGGACGCAGGGCUAGGUGAAAAGUGUAUCACCAAGGAUGAUAAGGAAGGUGUCUGCAUGCGCAUCGAGUCCUGUCCCCAGAUCUACAAGCAGCUGAAGGGGAAGGCACGUAACGUCAGCUCGCUGGAGCAGUGCGGCUUCGAGGGUACGGACGUGCUCAACUGCUGCACGAAUGAUGACCUUUUGAAGGCGGAUGACAAGCGGGAAAAAUUGCAGGGGAUCGUGCGCGAGAUCGAGCACUGUCAUGAGCUGUACGAUGUGUACCGGCGGACUACUAAAGAGCAACAGCUUCACUCGCAUCUGGCGCUUAUUCGUGGCGAAACCGACAAGGUGGAAUGUGUGGGAACGCUCGUCGCCCGGCAUUUUGUGGUGACUGCGGCUCAGUGUGUCCUUCGGUUCAAGUCGCAGAAGAGCACCGUCAAAAUCGGUAUAGUCGGAUCUGACGAACGAGUGAUCCAGGUACGGAAUGUCGCGUCCACCGUAGUCCAUCCACUGUUCGAACACCAGACCAAUCACUACAAUAUCGCUAUCAUCAUCCUCGAUGCGCCGAUCCUGAUCACGGAGUACAGCGUGCCGGCUUGCAUGUGGCCGGAGAAGGAUCGCUUACCGGCGAAGCUGAUUUCCACGGGGUAUAACGGAGUGACGGAAGCUGUGACGGCUAACUCCGUAGCUCCCCUGUACUACAUUGACUGCCGGCUGAAGCACUACGCUAAUUUGACGCUCACGGAAAUGUGUGUCCUGCCGGACAGGGAAGAAAGCUUCUGCGAAGAGGAGCCGUCCGUGUGUGCCGAAUCCGGUACCGGGCUGUACGGCACCGUAUACAUGACCUACGACUGGCAACCGGUCAAUUAUGUGGUGGGAAUCUACAGCACAGGGGCCCAGUGUGAUCAGGGCCGACCGGCCAUUUACACGCGCAUAAGCGAGUACUACCCUUGGAUCAAGGGUCAGCUGUACUUGCUGGCGCAGGACAUCUAACGAGCACCCGCAAGAACUAUGGAAAUCGGAGUCCAGUGGAUAAUUUGGAACUUUAAGAGCAUUAAAAU